CCACCUGCAGCACGGGGGAGGGGCCGUCUAAUUCCCAGAAUUCCAUUUUUGCUCUGGGGAGCAUUUGAAAACAGACUCCUUCUUGGUCCAAUGUGAGUCCAGAUGGUGUCAGGCCCUCCUGGGCGGAGCCUGAGGGGAUAUAUGGAGGGAGAUGCUCGAGGGGGUCGGGAUUCCAGCCCAGGCGAGUCACGUGAUGCCGGUGCGGGCAGCCCUGAGCAGCGUGCUGGGGAGACUGCUCUCUCUCCCUCAGCCCUGCAGUGUCUGUGCUUUCACCCUGCCCGCCCUGCCGGCCUCACCUCUGUGCACUCUCGCUCCAGCAGGCGGGAUGGAGCAGAACACGGUGACCGUGAACGGGGUGGAGGUGACCUCGACGCUGUCCCAGCCGACCCACAUCAACAUCCACAUCCACCAGGAGUCGGCCCUGGCUCAGCUGCUGAAGGCGGGGAGCUCCCUGAAGGAGUACUUCUCUCGGCCCACGGACAGCGGCCCUUCCAAGGCCGGCAUCCGCUCCAGGCAGCUGGCCCUGGGGGUGACGCAGGUGCUGCUGGGCGCGGUGAGCUGCAUCCUGGGGGGCUUCCUCUACAUCGGGCCCUGGAUCCAGCUGCGCGCCACGGGCUGUGCCUUCUGGGCAGGGGCGGUGGCGUUCGCAGCAGGAGCUGGGACCAUCGUCCAUGAGAAGCGGGGGCGCAAGUGCACCGGCUGCGCGUCAGACCUGCUCACCAUGGCGGGCGUGGCCACGGCCUUGGCUGCUGCCGUCCUCUGUGCCAUGAGCUUCACCUGGCAAAGCGACGGCUUCAUGGACUCCCU